AUGGCAGAGACAUAUGAGUACGCAGACUUCAAAGUCACGUUCCUGGAGCAGUAUAUUGCACAUGUCGAGAUCAACAGGCCGGAGAAAUUGAAUUCAUUCACGGACUCCAUGUUCAACACCAUCGGCGCCAUCUUCACCCGCCUCUCAACGUCCCCGGACGUCCGCGUCAUUCUUCUCUCAGGUGCCGGCCCAAAAGCCUUCACCGCAGGCCUCGACGUGACCGCGGCCUCGCAAGGCCCGGUCUUUUCGCCCUCAUCGACACGCGACGCUGCACGCAUCGCCUUCUCGCACAACGCGCACAUCGCGCACUACCAAGCCUGUGUCAGCGCGAUAGAGAAGUGCACGAAGCCUGUGAUUGCGCUGCUGCAUGGGUACAGCUACGGGAUGGCGAUCGACCUGAGCACGGCGUGUGAUGUGCGGUUGUGUGUGGCGGAUGCCGCAAUGUGUGUCAAGGAGGUCGAUAUAGGGAUUGCGGCGGAUGUGGGCACGCUGAGCCGGUUGCCGAAGGUGGUCGGAAGUGCGAGUUGGAUCAAGGAUGUAUGUUUGACGGCGCGUGUGUUCGGUGCUGAGGAGGCGCUGCAGCAGGGGUUUGUAAGCCGUGUGCUGGCGAGUAAGGAGGAGGGUGUAGAGGUGGCGUUGGGGUUGGCGAGGGUCAUCGCGAGUAAGAGUCCCGUGGCAGUGGUUGGGACAAAAGAAUUAUUGAAUUAUUCGCGGGAUCGGACGGUGGAGGAGGGAUUAAAAUAUACGGCGGUGUGGAAUGCGGCUAUGUUGCAGACAGAGGAUGUGAAGAAGGCGAUCUUCUCCGGACUGAAAAAGGGGAAGACGCCGACUUUUGAGAAGUUGUAG